AUGUCUGAGAUCAUUAUGAGGAAGGGGCCUGUGCAUGAGGAUGAACACUCACGGGCAGCCAUGCAGUGCCUGGCCCCUCUGGCAAGGUCCCUGCUGGCCCUAUGCCCCUACCCACAGGAGGAAACCCAGCUGCCCAGCUGGCAGCCUGAGUACCUUGGGCUAACCGGCAGUGAACCCCUGACGAUCCUCCCUCUGACCCUGGAGACCGAGGCGGCAGCCCAAGCACACUACAAGGCCUGUGACAGGCUGAAGCUGGAGCGCAAGCAGCGACGUAUGUGCCGCAGGGACCCGGGUGUGGCCGAGACACUGGUGGAGGCUGUGAGCAUGAGUGCGCUGGAGUGCCAGUACCAGUUCCGCUUUGAACGCUGGAACUGCACCCUGGAGGGCCGCUACCGAGCCAGCCUGCUCAAGCGAGGCUUCAAGGAGACCGCCUUCCUCUACGCCAUCUCUUCUGCGGGCCUGACACACGCACUGGCCAAGGCGUGCAGCGCAGGGCGCAUGGAGCGCUGUACCUGUGAUGAGGCGCCUGACCUGGAAAACCGUGAGGCCUGGCAGUGGGGUGGCUGUGGAGACAAUCUCAAGUACAGCAGCAAGUUUGUCAAGGAGUUCCUGGGCCGGCGGUCGAGCAAGGACCUGCGAGCCCGAGUGGACUUCCACAACAACCUCGUGGGUGUGAAGGUGAUAAAGGCCGGAGUUGAGACCACCUGCAAAUGCCAUGGCGUGUCUGGCUCCUGCACGGUGCGGACCUGUUGGCGGCAGCUAGCACCCUUCCACGAGGUGGGCAAGCACCUGAAACACAAAUAUGAGACCGCGCUCAAGGUGGGCAGCACGACCAAUGAAGCCACCGGCGAGGCUGGUGCCAUCUCCCCACCGAGGGGCCGGGCCUCUGGGUCAGGAGGCGGUGACCCACUGCCCCGAACACCAGAGCUGGUGCACCUGGAUGACUCUCCCAGCUUCUGCCUAGCCGGCCGCUUUUCCCCCGGCACUGCAGGCCGCAGGUGCCACCGUGAGAAGAACUGUGAGAGUAUCUGUUGUGGCCGUGGCCACAACACACAGAGCCGGGUGGUGACCAGGCCCUGCCAAUGCCAGGUACGCUGGUGCUGUUACGUGGAGUGCAGGCAGUGUACACAGCGAGAGGAGGUCUACACCUGCAAGGGCUGACCCGAGGCCCCGGGGCCCUGCCGCGAAGGGUGUGGGCUUUGCACACAGUACCAGAAGAAUGCUACACCCGCGGGAGCUGACCCCUGGGCUCUGCCGGGGUGCAGGCGUCGCACAUCGUGCGAGGGGUCUUCACCUGCGUAGAGUGAGCCCUGCAGGUCCAGCCCGUCCUGCUGUGUGGGGGGCGCAGGUGUCACAAACAACACAAAAGGUCUGCAAGGAAGGAGAGGUGCCCCUAGCACCCUGGGGCCCUGGUGUGUGGACAGCUGGUUGGCUGUCUCCCUUCUCAAAGGCCCAGAGGGCGGGGCUGGCCCCUGUCUGGCCUCCUCAACCCUUUCGCUUAUGCCCUGGGCCCGAGCUUCCUCCCCCGACCCGAGAGCGUUGCAGUAAUGCUUUCUCAGUUGCCUCCAUCCCUGACACAUCAGUCCCUAGAGUGUAGCCCUCAUCAGGGACCAGUGUGUUGACUGGUCCUCCCUGCCUCUUGGCUUCCUCGGAGGCUUGGAGGACAGGUGCACCUUCGUAACCACACGGCUGCCCUUCUGGCCCAGCAGCCUGAUGCCAGCACUGUCUUCAGAGCGCCAAACCACUAGGAGAGAGCAGCCACUCCGUCUCCGGGGCCCAGCCUCUGGCCCUCUGACCCUGAGCACUUCCUCGGAGUAUCAGUGACUUUUAAAUUAUUAUUAUUUAACUAAUAUAGUAAUUAUUAUUUUCUC